UACCUUCUCCCUGCCCUGGCCUAGCGCUCUGCAGCGGCGGCCUCCGGUACUUACCGGAGGUCCCAGACUUGUCUGACCGACCACUGCAAAAGCAUUUAUAGCAAUAGCCUCUGAUUAAGACAUGGCUGAGAUCACCAACAUCCGACCUAGCUUUGAUGUAUCACCAGUGGUUGCCGGCCUUAUCGGGGCCUCUGUGCUGGUGGUGUGUGUCUCAGUGACCGUCUUUGUCUGGACGUGCUGCCACCAGCAGGCAGAGAAGAAGCACAAGAACCCACCAUACAAGUUCAUUCACAUGCUCAAAGGCAUCAGCAUAUACCCAGAAACCCUCAGCAACAAGAAGAAAAUCAUCAAAGUGCGGAGAGACAAAGAUGGCCCCGGGAGGGAAGGCGGACGCGGGAACCUAUUGGUAGAUGCAGAGGCUGGCCUGCUGGGACAAGACAAGAGUCCUAAGGGACCUAGCUCUGGAUCUUGUAUAGACCAAUUGCCCAUCAAAGUGGACUAUGGGGAAGAACUGAGGAGCCCCAUUGCAAGCCUGACCCCCGGGGAGAGCAAAACCACCUCUCCAUCAUCUCCAGAGGAGGAUGUCAUGCUAGGAUCCCUCACCUUCUCAGUGGACUAUAACUUCCCGAAAAAAGCCCUGGUGGUGACAAUCCAAGAGGCUCAUGGGCUGCCUGUGAUGGAUGACCAGACCCAGGGCUCUGACCCUUACAUCAAAAUGACCAUCCUUCCCGACAAACGGCAUCGGGUGAAGACCAGGGUGCUGCGGAAGACCCUGGACCCUGUGUUUGAUGAAACCUUCACCUUCUAUGGCAUCCCGUACAGCCAGCUGCAAGACCUGGUCCUGCACUUCCUCGUCCUCAGCUUUGAUCGCUUCUCCCGGGAUGACGUCAUUGGGGAGGUCAUGGUGCCGCUGGCUGGGGUGGACCCCAGCACGGGCAAGGUACAGCUGACCAGGGACAUCAUCAAAAGGAACAUCCAGAAGUGCAUUAGCAGAGGCGAGCUCCAGGUGUCUCUGUCAUACCAGCCUGUGGCACAGAGGAUGACAGUGGUGGUCCUCAAAGCCAGACACCUGCCGAAGAUGGACAUCACCGGUCUCUCAGAUCCUUAUGUCAAGGUGAACGUCUACUACGGCAGAAAGCGCAUUGCCAAGAAGAAAACCCACGUGAAGAAGUGCACUUUGAACCCAGUCUUCAACGAGUCUUUCAUCUACGACAUCCCCACCGACCUCCUGCCCGACAUCAGCAUCGAGUUCCUGGUCAUCGACUUCGAUCGCACCACCAAGAACGAGGUGGUGGGGAGGCUGAUCCUGGGGGCGCACAGUGUCACAGCCAGCGGCGCCGAGCACUGGAGAGAGGUGUGCGAGAGCCCGCGCAAACCCGUGGCCAAGUGGCACAGUCUGAGCGAGUACUAA